UGUUACAUUUGAGAGGCGCGCAGCAAUGUGGUACAGAGCUUGAUUUGGUCUCUGCAUGCCUCCAGAAACUCUGCAAUUGCGUCACACCCUCCGUCCACAUUAUCAGAUCAAGCAUAAAUUGGCUUUUACUACGUGAACUCUUGCGGAUAGGAAGAUGGAUUAGGAAAUAUGCAGGGUGAGGUCGGGGAACACCCUGGAACGCCGUCAUCGGAUGACAUAAAACAGCACUAUAUCAGGUGGACCCUGUCGUCUUAAAUUAGUCAUAUGUUUUCACUGCUGCGCACCAACGUGCAAGUAAAUCUGCCAAAACUACGAGCUAUGAUUUGGACGAUACUUUUGAUUGUCCAGGGCAUCCUUAUCUUAUUCAUACUUGUUUCGAAACGCUCUAGGUCAGAGAAAGAGCCACCUUUAGACAAAGGAGUUAUUCCAUGGUUAGGCCAUGCCCUUGAGUUUGGAAGAGAUGCUGCCAAGUUCCUAACCCGUAUGAAGGUGAAGCAUGGCGAUAUCUUCACGGUGCGUGUGGCUGGACGUUAUGUGACAGUGCUGCUGGACCCCAGCUCUUAUGAUGCUGUGAUAGAGGACUCUGUGUCCCUGGACUUCACACGCUAUGCACAGGUUCUCAUGGACAGGAUCUUUAGCCUGCGGCUCCCCCAUCACAACCCUGCUGUAGAGAAGGCCAUGAUGAAACAGCACUUUGAGGGGGAGAGCCUGUCAUGCCUGAGCAGCACUAUGCACUGCCAUCUCCAGUCCCUGCUGCUGCAAGCCCAGAGGCCCUGUCACAACCAGACUGACUGGAACACGGACGGGCUCUUCAGCUUCUGUUACAGUCUUCUCUUCAGGGCAGGGUACCUCACACAUUUCGAAGGGGAGCAGAAAAGUAACAGAACAGACUCCAUUGACGUUUACGCGGAGUACCGGAAGUUUGACAACCUCCUGACCAAAAUGGCCAGGACCACGCUAAAACCAGAGGAGAAGAGGACUGCCCAGAGUGUGCGGGUGCGUCUGUGGGAACUGUUGGCCCCGGCAGGGCUGGGUGAGGGCUCGGGGUCCAGCACCUGGCUGAAAUGCUACAGGCACCUCCUACAGGAGGAGGGAGCUGACGAGGAGACACAGAGGAGAGCCCUGCUGCUGCAGCUCUGGGCCACACAGGGUAACGUUGGUCCUGCUGCAUUCUGGCUCUUGGGUUUCCUGUUGACCAAUCCUGAGGCCAUGAGGGCGGUGAAGAAGGAGUUCAGAAAGAUCUCAGAGCAGGACUCAGCACAGUGUCCCCUACUGGACAGGCUACAGCACACACCUGUGUUUGACAGUGCCUUAGAGGAGACGCUGAGGCUCAGUGCUGCCCCCUUCAUUACCAGAGAGGUAGUGCAAGCAAAGACCCUGCACAUGGCCGAUGGGCAGGAGUACAAACUCAGGAGUGGGGACAGAGUGUGUCUGUUCCCGUUCAUUAGCCCUCAGAUGGACCCUGAGAUCCACCAGGAACCACAGAGAUUCAAGUAUGACCGCUUCCUCAACCAGGAAGGCUCUGUGAAGAAGGACUUCUUUAAAGGAGGGAGACGGCUCAAGUACUACACCAUGCCAUGGGGCGCGGGCACCAAUGGCUGUGUGGGCAAACGCUUUGCUAUCAGCUCAAUCAGACAAUUUGUGUACCUGGUGCUGUCUCAUCUAGAACUGGAGCUGUGUGAUCCAGAGGCUCAGAUGCCAGAGGUGAACACCAGUCGCUAUGGGUUUGGAAUGUUGCAGCCUGAAGGAGACCUGGCCAUCAGAUAUAAACCUAGACGGUCACGUUGAAGACAGAGAGGGGUGCGGAGAUCUCUCAAACCAGACAUCAAUUCAUGCUCAUUUCAAAGUGUUUGACAUAUGUCAAUAUAAAGUAUUGUAUGUAUUUUUGUACCAACACAAAUGUACAGUGUAAUGUUAUUGUGCUAUUUAUCUUGAAUUAUAAUUUAUAUAUUUCACUUUAAAGUGUUUUUGUUCUUCACUAUUUUGUUUAUACAAUAUGCUGUAUCAAUGAUUAGCUUGGCUCAAUAAAACCAGCCCCAAGUGUUUAAAGUGCUUUCCAUAUAAA